GUUAAAGUCCAAUUGCCAUUGUUUCUCUAGUGAUGUGGACUUUAUUCGAUAAAAUUUUCUUGCUGUAAUGUUUAAUGUAUCCGAAACGUAUUUUCCAGUUGAUUUGUUAACAUAUUUCAUCUGUGUGGGAAGUUGUUGAGCCUGAUUUUUUUCAAUCUUAACGGCAAUGCCAAGCUUUCUCAUCACAAAAUAUUCCCACGGUCUGGCUUAUAUCAUGAAGCUGUUUAUCUUCUUGUCUCUACUCGUAGCCGAUGUACUUGCUCGAGAAAGCAUUUCAUGCAAGAUCCCAGCCGUCGAGCCAAUGGCGGCGACUUCAUUGACCUGUUCAUUUCCGGUUGACCUUAGUGUGGCAAAAAUAGACUUUUCCGUUCAUCAUGCAAACGGAACUGGAAAGGCAGUACUGGACUGUUUGUGGGUAAAAGGCAAAUUGGAGUGCUUUGACGCCCCAGGCUACAUAUUCAACCGUAAUGUGUCCAAUCAGCUUACCAUCUAUAUUCAACAUGCCUUUCCUAAUUUGACGGGGGAGUAUUACUGUAAACUAUCUGACAGCACUAACUAUGAUAUUCAGCAUUGUCAGCUAACUCUGAAGACAGAAGAAACCACCAAUAAAGCUUCUUUGGCGAUCGGACUUGGUUGUGCCUUCGCUGCUGUAGCAGUGGUUAUUAUAGUUCUGGUCAUUUUCUUUAGAAAGAAAUUAUUCAGAAGGAGACUUUUUAUGAGACCAAAAAGUGAGGUUGAAGUCCAUGAAGAAGAGCAGCCGAUGGUUUCGUCAAAAAACAAAAAUGCAAAUGUCAAAAAGAAGAUUUCUGAGAAAGAAAAGGAGAUUACAAAAGAAUUUCAAGACUUUCUGGAAAACAGCAUCCUUAAAAUGUAUCCAAACAUGCUCAAUGGUUGCUAUUUUGUACCACCAAUUUACUUUAACAAAACUCGCUACAAAAAACAGUUUGUUGCCGAUCAAGUUGUAUACGUCCCUGAAAAGUCUGAACAGAGAGAAGUCAGACACGACCUUGCAGUACAACAGGUCAUGUCUUGCUUGAAUCACUUGACACAACACAGGAAGGAGGAAAUGUUUGUCUUGACACAGUUUCAGUACAGUGACUACUUAAGCAGCCCCGGCGAUAAAUAUGAAAAACAUAGUCUUCCCGUACCGGAGGAAGAAGACGACAGUGUCGGUAGCUUUGAUUUUCUUAUCGUUCAUCGACAAUACGGGGUAUUGGUUGGAGUCGUCAAGGCUGUACAGGAGGAGGACGUAGAAAACAGUAAACAUGAGCUGCAAAGGAAUGAUAUAAGUAUCAUAGAGGAGGUUCAAGAAGCUGUCAAACAACUCAUAAAGGCAAAUGAUACGAUAAGACAUCUGAUGGGAGAUCAUGAAAACUUCCCUAAAGUACGCCAGACAUUGAUACUGCCUAAUCUUUCCCGCAACUCACUUCAGCGUGCUCUUAAAGAUCACCAUGACAUAGCGGUGGAACUUCGUCAAUGUCUGGAAGUAGAUGCCGUAAAAGAUCCCACUGAGCUAUGCGUGUGUUCUGAACACCUGCCGCAUUGUAGCAAACCUGUGCACUUCAACAAAGGUUUCGUCACCUACAUACGACAGUGUUGGAAGUGGACUACAAGCAAUGAUGUCCGCUGGAAUGACACUUUGCAUCGCAGCAUGAUUUCCAGAUUUUUUGGACCCGCCACACAGUCCACUCUGAAGGUUUCAGAAGAUUAUGAACGUUUCAUGCUGCCUAAGACUCUGGCUGAAGCUGUGUCUUUGACAGGAGACCUGUAUAGCCGGUCAGUCUUACAACAGGACAUAAUAAAACAAUUUCAUGAUAAACACACAGUGUUUCUCACUGGACCACCCAAUACUGGUAAGACAAGAAUACUUACACUUGCCGGGGCAACAUGCCUGUCAAGGGGACAAAAUGUUUUCGUUGUGAAAGACACGUCUUCUCCGUACGAUCCAUUUCUUUCACAGCACUUAAAAAGCCUGAACAUGCCGCCAAAUAAUCAGCCUACUUCCAACGCUCUUGGCGAGGUUUAUGAGGAAGCUUGUAAUUUUGAAUCAGAAAAAUCUGUCAAGGAAUGUGUCGAGAGGAUCGCCAAUACCAGCCUAAAAGAAAAUCAGACCAUAUGUGUCCUACUUGAUAUAGGGCAUCUUAAAGGGAAACGUGCAAAGAUGUUUUGUGAAACCCUAUCACACAAAGUAGUAGGAGACCACCUUCGAUUAUGGGUUAGCUGCACAGGCGAUUCUUGCCCAACUCAAGGCUUUAGAUGGACUUGUAAUGAAAUUGUAAAUUGUCCACCAGCUGUGGUAAGAGAAGUAGUAAAAUAUAAAGAAAACACAAAAGCAAAGAACACGAAUAUCAUUCUUCCUCCAACUGAUGGGCCUCCAGUCAAAUACAUCUACUACAAAACCUCUUUGAGAGAUGAGCCACAUGGCAGCUUGAAAUGUGGGCAAGGGGUUGGUAGCUUCCUUGUCACAGAGCUUCUCAUCACUGGAAACGAAUCAGCGAGUCAGUCAGCUCAAAAAGCGCAAUUGCGAUUCAAGGAUGUUCUUAUUAUUUUCGGAAAGGACUGCUCUAUCGAAGAGAAUAGCGGGUUCCUGAUGGGCCUUAGAGACAAAGGUAUCAGUGUCCAUGCUGCAAAGAGAGAGGAAAAUACUGUUGUUGUUAAAGAUGACAGCGACAGCGCGUGGGCAAUGAGUGUGUCUUGUAUGGAGACCUACAGAGUUAAGAGAAAAGUCGUGGUGUACGUGGAGUACUACAGCUUAUUCAAAACAGGUGGAGAGACAAGGGAUCGAGCUGUGACUAGCUGUACAUCGCAACUAAUAUUGGUUCAGCCAACAGUUGCCGUCACAGCGCUGCUUGCUACAGAGACACAACAUCACAGUUAGAGUUUUAAUUUAAAACUAUGAACAAACAAACAUUCCCUCAUUUUUAUAGUUCAGUUAUAAUUGUGUCAUAUUCACCACACAAACGAAGCCACACGAUGGUGUGAAAUUAUUUUCACAGAGGCAUAAAUGUUUUAAUUUUAACAUUUAUCUACUGGUCUCUUGGAAUUUUUUAGUGCUGACAAAGAAUUGUACAAUUACUAGAAAAAUAUAAGACUAUAGUUUCACACACUUGUAUAUCCAUUGCUAUGCUGUUAUAGAAAAUGACACUGAAGGCUCUGGACAAUUCGUGCCGGCAGAUCCGUGAUGUUAAACAUCUGUAUCAAUAUAAAUGACAGUGUUAAGCAAUCUUAAUGGCACAAAGCAUCGAGUUCUUUUUUUAAGAAGCAGAAUGUUCAAAGCUUGUUACCAUCUGAAAAAAUGUAGAUACGUUCAUAAACAACAAUAUUUUGGCGUGAUAAAAUUAAACCAAUGUCAGGUAUAUGAGCACAUUAAGCAAUGCUGAGCACUAGAAGCAUACUUGUCAUAUUUUACAUAAAUUUGCAAUUGCUCAAAAAGAAUUGUUUUUUAUGUGGCAUGUGAUAUCAGUACGAGUUACAUAUUAUUGCAAAAAAACAUCAAAAAACUGCAAAAAGUAUAUUGAAGAUGAGUAAAAAUUAAAUGGAGUAGUAUUACAGUACACACUAAACUCAGUGAUUACAUUUACUCUUUUAUUUCAUUAUUAUCUUUAACUGAUUUUUUUUGUUGACUGAAUUUGGGAAGAAGAAUCACUUGCCAAUACCAGCCAACAUUAUAAAAUAAACUCACUACAGUUUUUAUGUCACCGUUAAAGUUGAUUAAUAUUGUAAUUUCUAAAAACACAUCAAUUGCUGCUGACAAAUUUCCUGAUGUACUCUAAAUGUUGCGGUUUAUACUGCAAGAUACUUAACAUGACAUUAACUUGUAUCACUGUGGCUGUAAAUUUUAUGUUCUAAUUUGCCCUGCUAUUUUUCUAGUGGCAACAUUUGUUAAUAGCAUUUAGAUAGGUAGUGUAGUAAUUUACAAUAUAAACAUUCACUUAGAUUUAUAUUUCUAUUAAUAACAUCAUGUAAUCUCUGUACAAUUAUAAUAAGAAUUCCACAGAAUUAAAAGAAAAUAAACAAAGAUCAAUCAUCUCUGACAAUGUACAUUUAUUUGUUUUAAAUCUUUUCCGUUGCUUUAUUGUAAAUGUAUAUCAAUUGUCUAGGUUAGGCCAAAAUUUCGACAUAAUUUACCACAAAAGAUAUUAAUCUAACUUCAUCCUUACAAAACUAGUAAAACUAUACAAAUUUUACUUGUAGUAAAUAAUUUUGGGGCUUAAAUCUUUUUAAAUAGUAGGAACUAUUUUUUGAAGUAGUCUCAGUAGAAACACCAUUUUAGGAAACGAACACAGUGAAUUCCAGGUAGCUGAUCGACUCAUGCAAUGUAGUUUUUUCUAGUCAUGAUCUAGUAAUAAGAAUGAGUGACAAAACAGACAAACAGAGAUUUCGGGAAUAUCCUUUGGUAAUGCGAGUCAUGACAUUGAGAGAAGGUAACACACAGCCAUACCUUCAACAGAAAUCUGUGAGUUGUUAUUAGCUUUACACAUUGCGAUUGCUUUACACAUUUCAGUGAUAAACGUUAUGUAUAUAGUAAAGCAAAUGUAGGUUACAAACAAAAGACUGAUAACGUCUAGGACGGACAGGACUGUUAUCAAACUGUUAUCACAAUGACAUUGACCUACUAAAGCACACUCAGGACUUAUUUUAAGCUUCUUUCUUGAAUAAUGGCUGCUGUUCUUGCACUUGAGGUGCUUUAUUUAGUUCCCGUACUGAAUUGUACAAAACUGAGAAGUCAGUUUAGCCUUACUGUGUAUAAGAUGAAGUAGUUGAUAAUUUGGACGAAGAACAAGAUGGCUUCACAAACACGAAUACAAUAUGGCUGAAGGAACUAGCUAUUGAAUGGUUGUUGUGUAUCAGUACUCGCACUUGAGCUGUGUAUAUGCAUGUGUGUACGUACAUUUUGGAGUCUAACAGCUCGAUGCUUAGUUUGCACACGAGUUUACUUCUACAAGCCUUUAAAUCUGGUUUUCAUUGUAUUACAUCUGGCUUUGCCAUACAAUAGAAUGUGUUGAUUUUUAUAGCUGUCCUCUAUCCACUCUCCUUUAGACAAUAGUCACUUCGCAACAUUUAUGAUAAUGUCUUCAGCUUUCGGUGUACAGGCAAAUGAAUUUAUGUUUCCAUUAUAAUCAAAAACUAUACAGAAAUACGAACUAGCAAGAUAUUAUAUCGUCCUAAUUGCAUAAAAUUCUUUUAUAUUCUGUUUA